AUGUCACAAGUCGAAGACUGGUCAGACAGCGACUUUGACUUGGAUAACACCGAGCUGCGUACUGAUCACACGUCCUUACAGGAUGUUCGCGAUGUCUCACACACCGAGCUGUAUGCGGAGCCAAAUUGGGAUCAAGACUUUCCCGAAGAUGAUCUCGAAGAUGGUUCGGAUGAACAAGCCGACACCAUCAAGCUAUCUACUGCUGCUAGCUCAGCAUUGAAGCUCAUGCUUGAAGCGGGCAAAGCUUCCGCCUCGGCAUCCUCCGCGCAUGUUUUCGCAGCCCACGACAGUCUCGACGAGCAACUGAGGCCUCCAGCUCUGGAUCUCGAGCGCCUCUCUCACUUUGAUGAUGUCUUCAAAGCACAAGGCCCUCCUGCAUGCUCCACCGCCAGUCUCAGCACGUCGGCCAGUACAAGCUCUCGUAGCAUGAUGGGUCUUUCCACCGACCUCACAGAUCCAGACAGCCCGCACAGCAAAAGCGGCUCUCUUCGCAGAUCCACUGUCUCUUCGCAAAGCUCUGGGCGCAAUCGGUCCGAUCUCGAAUUACCCCUCUCAGAGACCGACGCCAAUGUCAAGAUGGACUUUGACCUGGAGCCCGACAUGAACAACCUCAGCCUCUGUUCGUCGCUGUCCCGGGCCCGCUCCAACACCUCGCUCAGCCAAGUCAGCAGAGACACUUGGGAUGAUGAAUCAGCUUUCAGCGCUGCUCCUCUCACCAGCACCACGCACACCUCAUCCUCAUCGCUGCAUCCACCUUCCAAUCCAGAACACCCCCCCUCGGCCAAGAGCCUUUCGGGCGAAAGCGAUGCAGAUGACGAGCAUGAAGACAUGCUUGAUGGUCUCGACCUCGAAGGCAGCAUCUUUGCAAAGCCUUCAAGUGCAUCCACUCUUACACCUUCCGACAUUCAAGCAGAGGCCGAGGCACUGCUCGAUCUGAAGCGCUCCGGCCAACAUGGCAACUUAGAACCGGAUCACUCUCAAACUGCAGACUCUGAUGCUGCGAUCGCAGCCGGUCUUAUUAUCGACGAUGACUUUGAUCUCUCCACCAGCCGUAUCGCAGCUCGCAAUGUCACCUCAAAACUAUACAAAGCUCGCUCAACGUCACGGUUAGGCGUUGAGAUCUUAUCAAUCCCGUGCGACGAUCGCCGACAUCCUGCACGUACUGCUUCCCAACACGAAGACAUCCUUCCAGUCCAGCCUUUUACAACUAGCUCUGACAUCCGCGGGGCUAGUCGCGAUCGUCUCCGAUUCAAAAGAUCAGCAAGUGACCUUCAAGCGCACAUGUCCGGUGCCGCUGCUUCCAAUGCAACCCCCUCUUCGUCCAAUCGAUUGCAAAAUCGUGGUAGUCAACUUACACGUAAAAGGUCGCUGCCAUCCAUGAGGACUUCUCCGCCCGUUAACAUGCCUUGUUCAGUUGAUCCACCCCCUGCCACCAUAUCUGCUCCGGCCAUGCGUCAGCGCCACAACAGUGGCAACAGCACCGCAUCUUCAGCUUCGCGCUUGAGGAGAAAGGGCAGCUCUAGACUCACCGACUCGACGGCCGCAUCGCGUGCCAGGGCCGCCGAAGCGGCGGACCAAUUGGCCCGCCUACAGAGGGACAUUAGCGCCCCCGCUCGACCCAGCACUCCCGUCUCAUUCGGCUCUCGGCACAUUUAUCAGCCGGUAACACGCAUCUCGGUCAAUACACGCUCGAAAGCUAGAUCGAAUCUUGAGCGUCGCAGCUCCUCGGGCGAGAGUCAACCAGUCGCACGCCUCCUCAAGCGCUCUGUCACCUACGGCAACGGUGCCGAGCUCGAUGGUAUCGAUGAUCUGCCCAAUGCGACGGUUUCCAUCGUCCAAAGUUUUCGUCCAGCUGCCUCUUCAGAUAAGCUCAGCAAGAAUCGCGUCGCUGCAACGCCUGCAUCUGCCCCGCCUGUGCCACCGCACGGGAAUCAGUCUAAGCGCGGUGUUCAACGCGGAAAGCGGAGCAAACCAGCUCUAAUCCGAUCUCUUGGCGCAGGCACUCUGCCCGCACCCAGACUGGUGAAAGGAAUGCGAUGGAAUGCCCAGGCGCUCCGCUGGGAGGGCAACGAAGGCGUUCUUAGGGACUUUGACCAGGUCAUCCAGAGCAGCACUCGCCCCGCUCUCAUCUCGCAGCUGACGGGUAGCUCCACCAGCUCUGCACUGACGCACGCUGCCGGCUACUCUUCGCCUCUGUCGCCGGAGAGCAGUACGCUCUUGAGCAAGAUUGCUUCUGGUGCUCGCGUGGUUGGCGACAUGCUCUUCGAUCCUGUCCAAAUGCGAUGGGUCCACAAGUCUGGUGAUGAGGAGGAAGACGUCUUUGCGGGAUUCGACGAGCCGUUUGAGGACGGUGACGACUCGCACGAUGCCUCUUGGGCAAUGAGGUCUGCUGUCGAUGGCGAUAACACGGUGCGUGCUCGCAGGACCAAGUCAACGGAAGCUUUCGGUCGUUCCUCGAAUCCACGGUCGCGUCUCGGUGAGAGGGAUCGCUCAAGUUCACCUGCUCCUGAUCGCGACGCCAACGAACGCAGCAUCGACCGCAAGAAUAUUCAGGCUAUCCGCCGAGCACUGGCGAGGGGCGCUUUUGCUCCGAGCUCAGGCAUCGAUCGCGAGUUGUGGGAUGCCUGCGUUCAAGCUGAGAAACGACAUGCCGUCGAAGUGGAUGCGUUCUUGAUCCACAAUGCCGGAUCUCGCUUGCGCAGUCGAACCCGUUCUCACGCAUCGGAUCACGCAAUCACUAUGGACGAGAUCGACCGGCCACGCCCACAUCUUUAUUACUUGGAAAAAAUCGCCAAGAGUAUCGUCAAGCCAGAUGGCAGGUCGUGA